UCAGAAAAAAAGUUUGUUUUGAAUAUGCGAGAGAAACAUCCCUUGAAGUAACCUCGAAAGAGCAUAUUUUUGACAAGUAGAACAUCUAUUUGAGGCUCAAGGGAGCUCUGGAUUCCGCCGCUAAUAUGAGUUUUGGACUGUCGGUGACCUCUGACGGUAAUGAAGCGUUGCAGGUACUUGAAGUACUAAUAAAAGAAGAGGACAUAGACGAAGAUGAUGAAUAUGGUCACAUCACUUGUCAAGAUGACGAGGAGAAGCCCUCAGUAGAGCUGCUCUAUAAAAUGGAAACGGACUUCACGGAGUCACAAAGCUCUAAUCAUGAAAUACAAACAGUGGUGGUUAAUGUGAAAAAUGAAGAGGAUGAGCAACAAGAUGAAGACGUUGAUUUUCCUCUGGGAAGUGCAUCAGAAUAUCCACAUGGAACACAACAGAAGAUCCAUGGACAGAAUGAUCAUCUCAACCUGCGACUCCAAGGAAGGAUGCACCACUGCACCGUCUGCAGGAAGAGUUUCACAGCCCUGAAAGAACUCAAGAAACACCAGAAAACACACUCACUCAGCAUGAAUGAACAGCAGAACCCUGGCAAAGAGCCUCAUAAAUGCACUCAGUGUGGAAAAGAAUUCACUUACAUAUCUGCUCUUAAAACCCACAUGCUAAUUCACACUGGAGAGAAGCCACACAAAUGUGACCAUUGUGGAAAAGGCUUUUCACACAUUUCCAAUUUUAAAUCCCACAUGCGAAUACACACGGGAGAGAAGCCUCACACGUGUGCCCAGUGUGGCAAAGCCUUCUCACAAAUGUCGAAUCUGAACACCCACAUGAACACGCACACCGGAGAGAAGCCGCACAAGUGUAUUCGGUGCGAGCGCGCGUUCUCGCACGGCUCCACCCUCGCCACUCACAUGCUGACGCACACGGGGGAGAGGCCGCUCCAGUGCGCCCAGUGCGGCAAGGCGUUUGCGCAGAUCGCGAAUCUCUCUGCGCACAUGCUGACGCACACCGGCGAGAAGCCCUACGAAUGCGGCCAGUGCGGUAGAUCUUUCUCGCACGCGUCGAACCUCAGGUCCCACAUGCGGGUGCACACGGGAGAGAGGCCUCAUAAAUGUGACCGGUGCGGCAGAGCGUUUUCGCAAACCUCUAAUCUUAAAUCCCACAUGUUAACACACACGGGAGAAAGGCCCUACGAAUGUCUUCGGUGCUGCAAAGCGUUCGCUCACAUUUCGACUUUUAAAUCCCACAUGCUUCUUCACACCGGAGAGAAGCCUCAUCAAUGUGACCAGUGCGGGAAAGGUUUUGCACAAAUUGCACAUUUAAAUUCCCAUAUGCUAACACACACUGGAGAGAAGCGUCAUAUAUGCGAUCAGUGUGGCAAGGCGUUUGCUCACUCUUCAGCUCUGAAAUGCCAUAUACUAACACACACUGGAGAGAGGCCUCAUAAAUGUGUCCAGUGUGGAAAAGCAUUUGUCCUCCUCUCUCAGCUUAAAACUCAUAUGCUGACUCACACUGGAGAGAAGCCUCAUACAUGUGUCCAGUGUGGAAAAGCUUUUUCACUAAUAUGUAGUCUUAAACGCCAUAUGCUAGUACACGCUGGAGAAGCCUCAUAAAUGUGUCCAGUGUGGAAAAGCUUUAUUCAAUUAUUCAAAAAUAUGGUAAAUAUAGAUAAAAAAUAAAUAUAAAAAAGCCACACUGCAAAAACUACUUAUCACAUACCAAACCAAGUUUUGCAACUAACCAAGUGUUAUUAAUCUUAUAUUGAGAUAAAAACAAAAAUCUAGUUGGUUUUGUUUUUAGUAUAUUUCUUUUAUAGAUUUACCUUGCGCUUUCUCCUAAUAGAAUAGGAUAAGUGUCUUACUUACUUUAGGACCUAAAUGUGAAAAUAAAUUAGCAAAAAGAAAUGA